GACUUAGGUGCGGUUUUAAAAAAUUUUGACACUUAGUUAAUGUAGCUAGAAGAUCAUGGCUACAGGAGGGUCAGACGCAGCAGGAUUCGUUGCUGUUGAACCGAAGAGAGACUGCCCGCACGUUCAGUCAUUAACAAGUGUAUCAUCACUCCACGUUGACUUGUCCAAGCCGUGUGGGACAUGCAGUAAUGUUGGCGAGAACUGGUUAUGUCUUGUAUGCUCCUCUGUCUUCUGCAGUCGUUAUGUCAACUGUCACAUGGUGGAUCACAAUUCUGAAUCAGGACACCCAGUGGUUUUGAGUUUCAGUGAUGUGAGUGUGUGGUGCUAUGGCUGUGACUCAUAUGUUGCCUCUCCACUGCUUCAACCAAUAAUAAAAGCUGCUCAGCUAUCCAAGUUUGGCAAGUGAAGAGAUAGUAGUCUCCUCCACAGGGAGCAGUCCAUGUGCUCUCUUUGAAAACCAAGUUCUAAGUUGGCAAGUUGUUGUUGCUGUUUUGAGAUUGACAGAUUCUAUCUGGCUUAUUCAUAUCUAGAUAAGAGUUAUAUUUAUUUAUUUAAAUCAAGAAUGAUACAAGAUAGUGUCACUUCAAUAAGUUUUCAUUAGUUUUCAUCAGUUCUCCCUUAAAGGGGAAACAAUUGAAAUGUCUCUAUACAUGUGGAGAAAUAAAAGGAUGACAUCUUGUUGACUGAGGCUUACACUGAUGAAGCUUGCAUUACAGGUGUCCUAUAAGGGCAGGUGUAACAAUCUCAAGAUCGCUCAUCCAAACGGCCAUGUUUGAUAUAGAGUUAAAGUGAACAGUGGGGAGGGGGCAGGAAUAGAUGAGCUCCACCACCCCUCCCCUCUCCUUCCUUUUGAACACUGCUUACCCCUUUAUAACAGAUUUCUUUCUCUUGUUAGCCUUUCACUAUUGCAAAAUCAAAUUUUCAGCUAGAAAAUACUGAGCACUUGCUCAUUAAGGCUGCUCUGCAGGCCAAUACUGAUGUGAAUCUCCAUUCUUUUAAGAUUCAGCCUGUUUAACUUCCCACAAGGAAGUGAAAAUACGACUAAUUGAAAAAGAACCAUUCAUUUCAUUGAGGUAUUUUGUACUGUGCUUAAAUCUAUUAAAACAGUCAAAAGUUCCAAUGACGGGAACACAUGGAAAUCUAAUAAACCACUUACUCGCGCUCGAAACGAGACUUUGCGAAGUGGACGUUGUUGCUGAUUUAACGUGAAAUCAGGAAAACGGGCCACUUGCAAAAGACUGAAUGUGGCAAAAUGAAAGGGGAAAACGGCCACAAAACAAAGCUCCUAACUUUACUCAAAGCUAGCACAAGAGGCGGUAAGAAAUCUUAUCGCCAGUGGUUUUUCGUGCGUUUCAUGAAAGUAAAAGCAACGGAGUCUCAAAACUAUCUCU